AUGGACGACGACUUCGGGGCCGAUCAGGAUUUCCUUACUGCCCUCGCUGCCUCUGACGCGCCUGGUCCCAGUCGCGUGAACCCGCGGCAGCCUGUUCCGCAGAGGAUCCAACAACCCACUCCCCAGAGGCUCGACAGACCUCCGCCCGCCAAUUCCGCCUCUAGGUCUGGCUCUGGAUCUGGCGUCAAGCAGCCCACCCCACAGGCACUGCCUCAGCGCGCCGCCGGCUCCUCCAUCCUGGUCUCGCCGCGCCAAAAGGGCAAUCCCGUGCUCGCCUACCUCAAGUCGCUCCCUUGGGAGUAUAGCGACAUCCCCGCCGACUACGGCCUGGGUCUGACAACCUGUGCUCUAUUUCUAAGUCUGAAGUACCACCGCCUCCACCCUGAGUACAUCUAUACGCGUAUACGAAACCUCCAAGGCCGCUACAAUCUGCGCGUCCUGCUCACCAUCGUCGACAUUCCGAAUCAUGAAGACUCCCUGCGCGAGCUCUCCAAGACGAGCCUCGUCAACAACGUCACCCUGAUUCUCUGCUGGUCAGCUGCCGAGGCCGCUCGCUACCUGGAGCUGUACAAGUCCUACGAGCACGCCAACUUCGCCGCCAUUAAGGGCGCCCAGGCAACCUCGUACGCAGACAAGCUCGUCGAGUUCGUCACCGUUCCGAGGUCCGUCAACAAGACCGACGCCGUUGCUCUGGUCAGUACCUUCGGCAGCCUCAAGGCUGCUAUCAAUGCCGACCCAGAGACCAUUGGCGUUAUCGGUGGCUGGGGAGAGAAGAAAGUCAAGGCAUGGACCAAAGCCGUCGAGGAGCCCUUUAGGGUGAGGAAGGCCGCCAAGAGGAGGUUGAACGCGGAAGAAAGCACAGACGCCGAUGUUCAGAGGAGGAGGAACCUGGACGAGGCCAGGCCCAUUGGCAAGAUCUCGUUAAGGGAGGCGGCUGAGUUGGAAGCUUCGAGGAGCCGAGGCGAAGCAAGUGCUGGUGCUGGUGGGGAACAGCAGGCCAAAAGAGCGAGGCAGUUCCAGAUUGCUGGAGAAGAUGACGAUGACGAUGACGAAGAUGCUGAACUUGCUGCUGCAAUUGCAGAAUCGAAGCAGAUGGCCGAGCAAGAAGCUAAGGCGCGAGCUGGGGCUGGAGCGUCAACAUCGGAACAGGGCCCCUCCAGGAGCAAAGGGGAUGAGCUCGCGGGCGGCGUUGCUGCGGCUUUGGCAAAACUGAGGAAGGGAUGA